AGAGAGUAUUAUCAACGUCUAAUCAAGGACGUUAAUCAAUUUAAUGAAAUGUCGAGCAAACACGAAUUGAAAAUUUCCUUCAAUGUGUACGGAUUAAUAACUUCUAGAGAAUUUCAAUUAGCAAAAACUUAUAUUGAGAGACUUCGCGCGCGAUUGCCGCAAGAGUACUGCAAACCAAACAUCGUCUCCAUGUUGGACCUGGACUGGAACCUGUUCAUAUUAAAGAUAAGGAGGGAAAUUGGAGGGGAAAAACUUUGGACGUUAAAGAAGCAGGUUGUUAUUUUCAAAAAUGAAGAACUACUAGGGGACGAUGAGGAUUUGUUGGAGUUCGUUGGAUCUAAGUACAGAUUUACUAUUUUUGAAGAAUUUGAGUGCAUUGGCGCCCAGCAAUUUAUCAAUUACAUCGAGCAACAAAAAGUGAAUGGAAAUACUUUUGUUUAUUUUACCAUUGCCGUGGAUCAGCAGAUUAUUGGUACUUUGCUCUUCGAGCUGUACGCGACUGCCGUGCCGACAAUAUCAAAAAUUUUUCUUAAAACGUGCGCGAAGAAAGUUGGUGGUUACUCAGGUACAUGUAUUCAACGAAUAGUAUGGCCGAGUUGGAUACAGUGCGGAGGCUGGUGCUUAGAACAAUACAAGGUACCAUGCGAAAACUACAGCAUUUCUCACAACAAACGAGGAGUUCUAUCCAUGUGCAACAAUGGAAAGCACAUUGACAACUGUACUCAGUUCUUCGUCACCUUAGAACCAACACCAUGGAUGGAUUACAAAUACGUGGCCUUCGGUCAACUGAUAAAUGGUGAUCACGUUCUUCGCAUCUUACAAAACAUUCCCACACUCUACGAAGAACCGCUCAAGAAAAUCGAUAUUGUGAAAUCUGGCGAGCUUGACUUACGCCCCACCUUCGGCCCCAAAGAUUUGUCGUACCUGAAAGACUUCCUUGCAACAAGGGAUCCUAUCAGCGGCUUGCACCCGGACGUGACCGACGUGAGAGAUUGCUCCUCUGACUACUCUCUAGGGAGCGACAACCAGCCACCAUGCGACAUUAUUGACUACCUACUAGAAAUGUACAGGGAGGAAAACGAGGAAAAUGGAGGUGCCAUCAAUCUGUAA